AAAAAUGGCUGGCUUGUUGUUGGCGACUGUUGGGCGCUUGUUUGGAAAUUAAUGUUUGUUUCUUUUAAUUAUAAUGAGUUUGGUAUAUCAUCAGCUUAUAUUUUCACGUAGUUCGAUACAUGACAAUGUACUGUGAUCAGUAAGCGUGUCACCACUUGCCUGAAACUAAUUCUGGUUAAACAGAUGUUAAGAAACCAGUACACCCACCUGUAGAUUCAUAAGUUUUGUGUAGAAUAAGUGUUAUAAAAAAUAAGCAAGAUGUGGCCCGCGUCUCAGUACACGCAUACUAACCAUGCCCAGGCUACGGUUAAAACAAAUGAACAUCAGAAUCAACAGAACUUGAAGACACUCGGAAUGACUUCUGCUAUAUCUAUGGCAGGUCCAAAGCCAAUUGACGUUGAAAAGACGAAUGACUUGAAGGAUUCCCUCGUGCCGUUUGGCGUGUUCGAGUCGGAGGCCGAGAUGCAUCAUCGCAUGGAGGUCCUCGGGGCGCUGCACCGGCUCGUCCGCCAGUGGAUCAGAGACGAGUCGCUGAGGAAGAACAUGCCGCCGAGCGUCGCUGAUACCGUCGGCGGAAAUAUUUAUACAUUUGGAUCGUACAGGCUCGGGGUCCACCACCGCGGUGCCGACAUAGACGCUCUGUGCGUCGCGCCGAGGCACAUCGACCGCGCCGACUACUUCCAGUCCUUCUACGAGCUGCUCAAGACGCAGCCCCAGGUGAAAGAUUUAAGAGCAGUGGAAGAUGCAUAUGUGCCCGUGAUCAAGAUGAACUUUGAUGGCAUUGAAAUUGAUUUACUGUUUGCUCGGCUCGCUCUGAAGGAAAUACCAGAUUCCUUUGAUCUCCGAGAUGAUAUCCUUCUCAAGAAUUUGGAUCAAAAAUGCGUCCGGUCUCUCAAUGGAUGCAGAGUGACCGAUGAGAUACUUCGUCUCGUGCCUAAUAUAAAUAAUUUUAGAUUGACCUUGCGGGCGAUCAAGCUAUGGGCUAAACGUCACGGCAUCUACUCCAACACGCUGGGCUACCUGGGCGGGGUGUCGUGGGCCAUGCUGGUGGCGCGCACGUGCCAGCUGUACCCCAACGCGCUGCCGGCGACGCUGGUGCACAAGUUCUUCCUGGUGUUCAGCCAGUGGAAGUGGCCGCAGCCCGUUCUGCUGAAGCAGCCGGACGCCGUCAAUCUCGGCUUCCCCGUGUGGGACCCGCGCGUCAACGUGGCCGACCGCUUCCACCUCAUGCCGAUCAUCACGCCCGCCUACCCGCAGCAGAACUCCACCUUCAACGUGUCGGCGUCCACCCGCACCGUCAUCAUGGAGGAGUUCCGCCUGGGGCUGGCGAUCACGGACGAGAUCAUGCUGAGCAAGUGCGGCUGGGAGCGGCUGUUCGAGGCGCCCAACUUCUUCUCGCGCUACAAGCACUUCAUCGUGCUGCUGGCGUCGUCUGCGCGAGCGCUGGACCAGCUGCAGUGGUGCGGCCUCAUCGAGAGCAAGAUCCGCCACCUCAUCGCAACAUUAGAAAGAAAUCAACACAUAACAAUAGCCCACGUUAACCCCGAGUGCUACAAUUCCGUACCACUAAGCACUAACAACGGCCAGCCAUUAGCUCUACCACCAGGCACACCGGUGCCAGCAGACAUUGCAUUAAAUGAAAUAAACAAAAAUGAUAAGGGCGAGGUGAUAGCCAACGUGUGUUCGAUGUGGUUCAUCGGGCUGGUGUUCGACAAGACCAACGUGAACGUGGACCUGACGUACGACAUAUCGUCCUUCACCAAGGCCGUCCACUACCAGGCGGAGAACACUAAUAUGUUACGCGAGGGAAUGACGAUAGAGGCGCGGCACGUGCGGCGCAAGCAGCUGCACCAGUUCCUGUCGCCGUCGCUGCUGAAGCGCGAGCGCACGGCGUCCGGCAACAAGCGCAAGCUGGACGCGCCGCAGCCGCCGCUACACAAGAAGACCAAGCGCCUGUCCGAGAGCAGCACCGAUGAUAUCAGUUGCUUUUCAUACAACGAAGAUUCAAACUCGUCCAAUAUGUAUGAGGUUAACCUCCAGAACGGAAACGCGUCGAGCCACACACCGCAGGAGGCGGACAGGAACAAGUCGGCUGCGGAGAAGCAGAUGGCGCCGGCGUCGGAGCACCCUUCCACGUCGAACAGUAUCGCGUGUACGUAGCAGUACGAGGAGUGGCGCCAACGGUUCAUUUACGGAACCAGUAACGUCAAAAUGCACAGAGUUAAACGCGCCUAAGACGCUAAGUGUAUAGUUAAGUGGGCCUCAGUGGCUACGAGAAACUCCAACGGAGAAACGGUAAGACGAUAUGUCUAUAGUGACAGUGAAUAGUGCUUUAAGGACCGCGACUGAAUGUGACAGUUAACGGAUAACAGAUCUAAAGUUUUUUAUUCGUUUCGGUGCAAUAGCUUUGGGAAGCUGCUGAUUUUACUAUGGGUAAGUCAGAAAUAUGUGUAAAUCUGCCCUCAAAUCUUGACUAUACUAGAAAUAGGUAAACUCGUAUUCAUGUAGUCACGAUUGAUAACGAAUAUUUCUUAUUUAUUCGUUAGAUGUUGCACGGCACGGCGUCGUCGUUACGUAAGUUCAAUUACAUAGCAUAAGAUGUUGAAAAAUAACAGUUUGAUAAUUUGACAUGCGAAGGUCCAUUAUUAGUUAUGUUCGUGGAUAUUGUUUCAUUGCAGGUCCCCGGGGGCACGCGGCUGACAUGUGAGUUGGUUCAAACAAUAGAUAGGAUGAUCUAUUGGGGUUUGCGAGGGGACUAUUUAGACUUUGCACUAGUCUAGGAGAAAUUGUUAUAUGCAUUUACAUGAACAUUACAUAUUUCUUAAAUAGAUGGUCAACUUUUAUAGUUCACUAAUUUAAUGUGUCAUCAAAAUUUCAAUUUAAAUAAAUAUCUGUAUAAUAUUGUAAAAAUCUUCACUAGGAAUACUGAUUAACGAGAUAUAAAUAGUUUUCUUGCAAACGCCACGGUAGUACAAAGUGGAAGAAACUGUGUUUUUUGAAUCGUUUAAAAAUAAUUAAUUAACCUUGUGUUUUAAAUUUUAUUAUAUUUCUCGUCCAUUAUUUAUGAAGUAGCAAUUGAUUACAAGAAAAUACCUUAUAAAUUUCUUCUACUUGUUGAUUUAUUCACACUAUUCCAAAAUGAUAUCAGUCAGCUUCAUAAUUAUUUGCAUUGUUCUUCUUAAUGUUUUACUUAUUAUGACGAUCUUCAUCGUAAGUAUUAUAAUGUACUCAUUUUGCACAUAAUAAAACUGAAAUUUACAAUUUAAGCUUUUGUAUAAAUUUGUAAAAAUAACAUAGGUAUUGUAGAUUAUUGGUGGUUAUUAGUGGUGAACGAUUAUGAGAUUUAUUGAUGAUUCAAUCGUUAUUGAAUAUAUUUCGAUUAAAUUCAUUAAGUAGUACUCAUUUGUAGCACACAUCUCAUCGAACUAACCGUAGUAAAAAGGUCAUGUUUUAAAUGUAAAUAUAGUAAUUGUAUGUUAAUAAUUCAAUUCAAUUAUUUGCAAGGUGAUCCAUAUUUGUGUCAACAACAUCAAUUAUUAAGCAAUUUUUUCAAAAAUUAUAAAUGUUUCUGUGUCACUAAUUGUCUAUUAUACCAAUUCAAUGAUAGGUCUGUUGUACAUGGAACCUUUAUAGAAACGAAAUAGCUUUUUGAGCAGAGGAACCAAUCACCAAAUUGCUUAACAAUGCGAAUAGCUAUACACUUAAAUGAUGUAGAUUUGGAUUUUGUUUAACAUUAAUUACUUGUUGCAAUUAUAAAUGAAAUGUCUGUGUUUAAGACUUUACUAUGGUUUACAUCAAGGAAAUUCAUUCAAGGAAAUCAUGAUAAUGUUACUUGUGCCAUUUUUCAAUUUGGAAUUUGAAGUAUGCUAUAAAACGAAGACUUAAAUUUCUUUGUUGAAAACAUUUAAUUGACAGACAAAGCUCAUCGUGUACUUUCAUAGUUCCGCUAACUACAUCGCCGAAACUAAUUAAAACGCCAUUAUUUUACAAAUUCAUAAUGAAUGCCAUGUCAUUACAAGGUCAAAGUUGUUUUUUUAUUUUUACUCCUACCAUUGGAAUUGACUUCAAAGUGUUAUUAAUAUUUUAUGUUAAAUAAUGACACUGCCAAAUUAUGUAUUUGUCAUAAUGUAUAAUAAUUUGUUAUUGUUUUUAUCAAAUGCUUUUGGCAUCCUGUUAGUAUAAUAAACCAUUUUUGAAGUACACAUAAAAUAAUUAUAUCUAACAUGUUGCAGCUAUUCAUUUAUACCGGACACAUUGUGUCAGGGUAAUGCCUGUACACUGCAUGUCUAGUUCUACCAUUACUUUUAGAUACAUAACAGACAUAAUUGUAAAUGUAUGAGGAGGUAUCACAUGUUGUAACGAAUUGUUAUUUUUAAGUCAAUGGAUAUUAGUAAUUUCUAAUAUACUAGAUUUUUUAAAAUUCUAUUCGUAAAGUAGAUAUUUUAUGUGUAGAUGAAAAUGUUUACAUACCAUUUUUUUAUAUUAUAAAUGAAUGUAUUAGUCAAAUAUAAGGAGAAUGAUGCAAAUAUACCUAACAAUAGUGUCUCAAAUUAUUGAACAAAUUGUAUGUGCUGGGAUAUUGAGAAUAAAUCUGUGUUUGAUACAUGUAUCGUGAUUUCUUUUAAACCUCACCAAAUGUCAAAUGAGUAAAAGAAAAUCCACAAAAUAAAAUUUAACUCCAUGAGACAUGAACAUAAUAAAAGUAAUUCAACUUUCUAUAUAUUGAAAUAACAAUUGCAAAUGACAAUAAUUUAAUUUCCUUAUGUG